AAAACGGUCUCACGUGUUUUAGAGGAUCCUGAUAUAGUGGCACUGAACCGUUUUUCUGCCUCUGUUGUCUCUGUAAAUUUAAUUUGGCGAUUUUGCUGCGUUGUUUCUUAUCAAAGCUUCAUUUGAAGGUCUUAUCAUCUCUGAAUAAUAAUUAGAGUGAAACUGUCAGACCAAAGGUAAAGCAGACUGAUGAGAGAAUGUGUUGUCAGCAAAAAGAAGCGCUGGUCACGUGCUGAGCUGACUGUCUGCUGGUGUACUUCUACAUUUCUGAGACAGUUGAGAAAUGACCAUGAACAAAAGACUGCUGUUGGUAUCUAACUCCACACUUCAUGGUGGAGGAUAUCUUCAACACUGUCAGCAGCAGAUACAGGACUUCUUUGGAAAGGGAGUAAAGAGGAUCCUGUUUGUCCCGUAUGCUCUGCAUGAUCGAGAUGCCUAUACCAAGACUGCUAGAGACAAGUUCAAGACAUUGGGCUAUGAGGUGGACAGUGUCCAUGAGACACCAGACCCUAUGGAGGCGGUCAGGAAAGCUGAAGGAAUAUUCAUUGGUGGCGGGAACACUUUCCGCCUGCUGAAAGCUCUCUAUGACAACAAUUUGGUAACUGAGAUCAGGAAGAGAGUAUUAGAUGAUGGAAUACCUUACAUGGGAUCAAGUGCAGGCACCAAUGUCUCCACCGUCAGCAUCAAUACCACUAAUGACAUGCCCAUCGUUUAUCCACCCACUUUUGCUGCCAUUGGUCUUGUGCCAUUUAACAUUAACCCUCACUAUCUGGAUGCUGAUCCCAACAGCAAACAUAUGGGGGAAACACGUGAGCAGAGAAUUAUCCAGUUCCAUGAGGAGCCGGACACACCAUGUGUGCUGGCUCUUAGAGAAGGCUGUAUGCUCUUAGUGGAGGGAAACAAGGCCACCCUACUUGGGUGCACUAAAGCACGACUAUUCCAGAAGGGAAAGCAAACCACAGAAUAUGAACCAGGCAGUGAUCUGAGCUUCUUACUGACAGAUGCACAAAAUACAUAAUUGUAAUAAUGUACAAUGCACACAAACUUUAGUUUUUACAAUAAAUGAUAAAAAUCCAACGUACAUUCUAAAUCUCUUCAU